UGUUCGGUAACGAAGACAUGAAAUUCAAUUAAGUUCGGACCAAGUUAGUCAGGCCAAAAAGCGAUUCCAUUUCCUUCAUCUCAUUUUGAGUGGAUCUUUUUGUUCACCUAAGGAAUUUUAUUUUUUCUUCCGAUAUUGAACUAAAUCAUGUGGCAUAUGUGUGGUUGAUUUUUCUGAUAGUUUAUUCAUGUGAACGGGAUUGUGACUAUUCUAAAAUGACCACAUUAGUUUGUUUUACAUAUUUUAAGCUCAAAUAAAAAGUACUCCUAAUAAAAUCCAAAUUUCGUUUAGGGAAACGGUGUCGUGAAAUGAAUUUCUUAAGUUGCCCAGCAAACUAACCAACCCACUUUCUCCAGUCUUCUGUCAAGAUGAUUGUAGGUGUGGAAGAGAUGUCAUUGGAAGCUAAAGCAGUGGGACACUCUGGACUUGCCGGAGCAGUGCCUCUCUCAUUCCGUCGCUCUUUUUCUUCAUUCCCCACACGUCUGUCGUUCCACACUGCCGUUCCUCCCCAAACCCGCCGAUUCCAAUCCUUGGCGGUUAUUAAGAGAAGUCCUAAACGCCUCAAAUACUCGGCUCCUCGCUUAACUAAGGAAGAUGGAUUGCUCUAUGUUCAAGUUGAUCAAUUUGGCUCGGAUUCUUGGAAGUUGGAUCCAGUUGUUGAACUUCUUAAAGGAGGAGCUGUUGGAGUCAUUCCCACUGACACUCUGUAUGCAAUAGUUUGUGAUCUGAGCAGUCAUUCAGCCAUUGAACGUCUUCGUAGAAUAAAAGAGAUAGAACCUUCAAAGCCCCUAAGUAUCAUUUGUCGAUCUUUCCGCGACAUAGAUACAUAUACAACUGGAUUUCCCCGUGGUAAUGCCCAAGGUCUUACAGACAUUUUUCGAGCAGUCAAGCACUGUCUACCUGGUCCUUACACUUUCAUCUUAACUGCUAGCAAACAGCUACCAAAACAAUGCACGAGAUACGGGUCUGCAACUUCCAAAUAUGCUUCAAGGAAAAAUGUUGGUGUUCGUAUACCUGAUGAUCCUGUCUGUCAAGCAAUCCUAGAAAAGUUGGAUGGACCUCUAAUAUCCACAAGCGUCAAGUCACCAAAGGAGGAUGAGUGGAUACUGGAUCCUGUCAUUAUCGCUGAUGUAUAUGGUCCAGAGGGACUUGAUUUUGUUGUUGAUGCGGGUGUUCGAGUGGCUGAUCCGUCUACUGUAGUUGAUAUGACUGAAAGUGCUCCUAGAAUUAUACGGCAGGGAAAGAUGCAGAGACUUGCUAAAGCAACCACAUCAAAAUUUACAAAGUAAAUUAAAUACUAAACUGGGUCCUAAGCAGCCUUGGAUGAUAGCGGAAGAUGAUGAUUCUCCUGUAGAUGAAUAGAAUCCGUUGUUGCCGCUGUUUAAGUAAGAAGUACUGCUUAAAAUGUACAUUUCCUCAAACCAGAGCUCUUGUACAGCACACAGAUAAGAUGGUGAAUCCCUCGCUUGAUCUUGAACAGUCUUUUAGUCUUCAUUAGUGUAGAUUGCUGUAAAUACUUAAUGUGGUAAAUCAAGAAUCACAUGUAAUAUUUUGCUUGUGUAAACUUUAAAGCAUGUUAUGAUCACUCUCUCUCAUUCUUGCCCUAUGGUAAUUUCUAUUGCGUUUCUCCUG